AUGACCCACCCGCAGACGGGCGAGAGGGCCCAGGCAGCCCAGGCAGCCCAGGCAGCCCAGGAUAAGGAUUGGCGCCACCUCCCCGUCACGUUGUCGGGAGGGCUGUCGGGAGUCAUGGCCUGCACGCAAAAGUCGGCAGUGAAAAAGCUCGAGACCCCCCUCGAGCUCUUCUGCCACGAGCAGCAGCGGCACGAGCGCAUCGCAUUCAUGAUGCGCGGGGAUGAGCACCACCACUUCUCCAACAAGUGGCCGACCGACGGGCACUCGACAUUAUCAUCAUCACCGUCAUGCCAGAACCGUGGCCAUCAUGAAGACAUUCUCAUGAAAGACGGCGGGCAGUGUGCUGCCGCUGCCGCUGGUGCCACCGCCGCCGCCGCCAACACCAAGCAUUCGAGCUCGCCUUUCCGGGUGGAGCUGGAGGUCAACAGCGGCGACAACGGGGAGGAUGAUCCGCACCUCCAGGAGAUCAGGAUUGUAGCUCGGAUCAAGACCGAGAGGAUACAACGAAGAGGCCAGCGCGAGUGCCGAGAGGGCAGGGUGCGCAAGAAGAUACGCAUGUCCAAGAGGCCUCACCCAACGGAGCCUGGGUGA